AGCCACUCGCUGCGCCCGUCUGUAGCGCAUGCGCUUCCGCGUUAUCGUCCCCGACCAGGAAGCCGGAGGCCUUUCGCACCACAGUCUGCGACAUGGCUCGGGGACCGAAGAAGCACCUGAAGCGCGUGGCAGCGCCGAAGCACUGGAUGCUGGAUAAGCUGACCGGGGUGUUCGCUCCCCGGCCCUCCACCGGCCCCCACAGGCUGAGAGAGUGCCUCCCCCUCAUCAUCUUCCUGCGCAACCGGCUGAAGUACGCCCUGACCGGCGACGAGGUCAAGAAGAUCUGCAUGCAGAGGUUCAUCAAGAUCGACGGCAAGGUCCGCACCGACGUCACCUACCCCACGGGCUUCAUGGAUGUGAUCAGCAUUGAGAAGACCGGAGAGCACUUUCGCCUGAUCUACGAUGUCAAGGGCCGCUUCACGGUUCACCGCAUCACGGCAGAGGAAGCCAAGUACAAACUGUGUAAGGUGAAGAAGAUCAUCAUCGGCACCAAGGGCAUCCCGCACCUGGUGACGCAUGACGCCCGCACCAUCCGCUAUCCCGACCCCCUCAUCAAGGUGAACGACACCGUCCGCAUCGACCUGGACAGCGGCAAGAUCACAGAGUUCAUCAAGUUUGACACAGGUAACCUGUGCGUGGUGACGGGGGGCGCCAACUUGGGCCGAAUUGGCGUGAUUACCAACCGGGAGAGACACCCCGGGUCCUUCGACGUGGUGCAUGUGAAGGACAGCACUGGCAACAGCUUCGCCACCCGGCUGUCCAACAUCUUUGUCAUCGGCAAGGGGAGUAAACCGUGGGUGUCCCUGCCGCGGGGGAAGGGGAUCCGGCUCACCAUAGCGGAGGAGAGAGACCGCAGACUGGCUUCCAAGCAGGGCAGCAGCUGAGGCCGGACAGGGCAGAAAUAAAGCAGUGUUUACAGAA